GGCAAUCUAAUUACGGACGGAGGAAGUGGUGGAGGAUCUUGGGGAAGAGGGGGCAUGAAGCGAUGGAUAUCAUGGGUUCCGAGGGCGGGAAGGGAAGUGUAGUGGAUGGAAUGGUGAAUGCGAGGGAAAAGAGCAUACUCGUGUUGAUGGGGAAGCGAGGCGAGGUAGUCGGGAUAGAAGGUGGAGAUGGUACGACGGAGGGCAGCGCGAAAAUUCUCGUAGUUCUCGCAGGCGGGGAUCGUACCCGAGACAACAUAAUAAACUUCUAUGUUAUUGUAUUCCCGCCAGUUCGUGCUAAAGAGAAGGACGUGGAGAAAGAAGGAAUCGACGAGGGAGCGAGUGGUAGAGUGCGGGACGAUGGUGAUUAGGAGAUGCGUGGCGUAGAGUUGAUGGAAGAGGGUGGGCGGAAAAGGACACCAUCCAUCAGGGAAAGGGGGUUGACCUGGGAGUUGGCGAACCAUCAUGUAAUCAUGGGGACGGCGGGAUAAUGACGGGGAAUGAAGCCCGAUCACCCGC